AUGGACACUAUGUUACGUAUGAAUAAGCCCCGGUGCGGGGGUAAAGACAUGGGCGAACAGCGCGUAGAGCCCAACUAUAUGACUCUGAAGGCAAAGAUUAUGAAUUACCUGGGUCUUAAACUUGAUGAGCUUAACGCAAUUGGCAAGUUUGGCAAGUUUAAAAACCGGACCAAACAUCACCGAACCAAACGCCACACACUAGCAGGCAGUCGGUGGACGAUCACAAACAUCACGUAUAAAGUUACGAAAUAUCCGACAAAAUUCAGGUCCAACGCCGAUAAGCACCUGAUCGACGACCAAAUACGCAAAGCGUUUAAGGUGUGGUCCGAUGUGACCCCGCUCAUUUUUACACGUAUGCCCGCCAGCACACCAUCCCGUCACGUCAUUAUUGAUAUAAGGUGGGAGAGGGGCGAGCAUGGUGAUGGCGAUGCCCUGGAUGGGGCAGGGAAAGUGUUAGCUCACUCGUAUUUCCCGCAGUACGGCGGUGACGCGCAUUUUGACGAUGAUGAAAUAUGGACUGUCGACUCGCCAGAAGGUUCAAACGUGCUGGUAACGGCCAUACACGAGCUAGGUCACUCGCUCGGUCUAGAUCACUCGGACGUAUCGGACUCGCUAAUGAACCCGGUGUACCCACCCUAUCGGACCGAGUGGAAACUGUCUCAGGACGACAUACGCGCCGCCCAUAUACUAUACGGCGCCCGACCCGGUGUACCCGAAGUGCCCAACAUAUGCAACAACGCCUCCAUUAGCGCUAUGUAUAAGCGUAACAAUAGUAACGCUAUAUUCGUGUUCAUUGACAAACACUAUUGGAAAAUUCACUCUGAUGAAAUGACCGUCGACUCCGAGUAUCCUAAGCCCAUUCACGACCUAUUCCCGGCCAUUGAGGGUAGUAUUGACGCCGUUAUUGAGUUGCCAGAUGCUAGUAUUUAUGUGUUUAAGGGCGAGGACUGUUACAAAUACGAGGGCCCGCAACUGGCCGAAGGGUUUCCUAAGAGGUGCAAGGAGAUUUUCGACACACUGCCCGCUAAAGUAGACGCCGCCAUCUGUUUGAACGGGGUCAUAUACGCAUUUAAAGGUACAGUAUAC